AUGGCUUCCAACGCGAACGCAGGAGGAGGAACAGAAAACGCGUACGUUUUGUUAACCUUAGAGUACGUUCCAAACAUGCUGGAAAAGCGAGGUCCGUACCGAGAGGAGCACAUAAACGGGGCGAAGAAAGCGUUCGAGGAAGGGACGUGCGCGAUGGCGGGCGCGUUGACCGACCCGGUGGAUACCGGCGUGUUUGUGUUCAAAAACGUGGAUAAAGACUACGUGGAAAACUUCGUGAGAAACGACGCGUAUUAUAAAGCGGGGUUGGUGCCGACAUAUACGAUUCGACCGUGGAUGGUUGUGGUAGGGAAUUAG